CAUGCUCUUCAAUAUGAUAAUCGCUUAGCUAUAUUAAAAAAAAACGACAUAUAAUAUCAGUCUAUCCUACAAUGGUAAUGCUUAUAGUAAAUUAAAUACAAUGUCGCUUACGAAUUUGGAAAGUAUAAAAUUUGAUGAGAUCGUAAAUAUUUUCUUGAUAAAAGGUUCUUGGAGAACUUUUAAUUAGGAUCAUAUUCAUAAUAAUCGGUAUAAGUGUUUUAAAAAGAAUUUUAUUUUACUUUUAUAAAUUAACAAGUUUAAUUAGUAUAAUGUAAUAGAAGUUAACUUGACGAAAUAUUUUGUAUAUACAGGGUGAUCAAUGACUUAGUUUCAUCUAUAUUAUAAAUAAAUCAAACAAUUUAGUUGUCUCAAUUUAGAGUCGGUACUUAGUGUUUGAUAUAAUAUUAUCAAGGACCAUAAUUUUAGGUAAUAUUAAUCCAAUAUAUAGGUUUUAUAAACUAUAAUUGAGACAAAAUCCUUGUUUAAAUCAAUCCAAAACGUUUAUGAAAAAGGGGUGGUACUUGAAAGAGUUCAUUCAAUGAAUGUGGGCGAAAAUAAAAAUAAGGUGAAAAUUAAAUGGUCCAUAAUGACAUGGACUCUUAUUAAUUAGGGUUAUAGGUAUAAUAUGCUCCUCUAUUAUGUCGUUUUAUCAAACAUGCCCUUCUACUAUUUUUUACAUCAAACAUGCCCUUGUACUUUGAAAAAAUUAUCAAACAUGCACUUAUGUUAAAAUUUUUAUCCAAAAACCGUUAACCACGGCCAAACUUUUGUUUGGGCGGCACAAAUGUCUAAAAUAUCCCGAAUAAUUUUACUUUUGAAUUUUUUUGGUUCUUUUAUAUAGCCAAAUAAUCCUAAUAAUUUCACUUUGACGAGACUCAGAGAAAUAAAACAGGGGACAAAACUGACAUUUUCCCUCCCAUUUGCCGAUAUCGGAUCGUCUAAAUCUCGGUUCAACAAUGAUUGACAAUUUUUUCAAUGAAAAUUUUAAAAGAAGGGCAUGUUUGUUAAUUUUUCCAAAGUACAUGGGCAUGUUUGAUAAAACGACAUAGUAGAGGGACAUAUUAUACCUAUAACCCUAUUAAUUAUGAUCGGACGGUAUUAUCUACAUCAGAUGUAAGUCAUGUAACUUAUAAGGAACUUUCACUAAUAUCAUCUAAUUACUAGAGAAAUUUUACAAUGCUAUAUAGUAUUGGUCCUAUAAGUUUUUGCCUUUAUGGUACAACUUAAAUUGUACAUUUACGUUAUGGUACAACUUCAGAUUGUACCUAUACUUUUUGGACAAAUUCUUUUAUGGUACAACUUGAACUUGUACCUUUAUGUGAUGGUACAACUUCAAGUUGUAAAGUUGUACCAUAACAUAAUGGUACAAAUUGCUUUAUGGUACAACCUAAGCUUAUACAUUUAAUGUUAUGGUACAACUUUGAGUUGUACAUUAAAGCACCAAUGCUAUAUAGCAUAGUAAAGUUGCUCUUAGUAAUGUUGUUGCCUCAAUUUUAAUGGCAAGAACAAGUACCAAAAGGACGGGAUAUAAUGACCGAAAUGGAAAGUGCUUUAUUACUUGGGUUAAUACCUUAUUUUGGCCCGAAUUAUGAUCAUAUAAUCAACGUGUUUCGUCCUGACAUAUCAUAUGGAGUUCAAGUUGUGAGCCAGUUUAUGCAGGAUCCUCGAGUUGAUCAUCAAGCUGUUGUUUAUAGCAUUUUGCGUUACUUAAAGGGGACUCAAGACGUUGGUAUUCUAUUUCCUGCCACUGGCUCAGCCACCUUACGUGCUUUUUCAGAUUCUGAUUUUGCAGGCUGUAUCGACACUCGACGCUCUACCACAGGUUGGUGUGUUCAAUUCAGGGAGGCGUUCAUUUCCUGGCGAUACAAAAAUCAAGAUAAAGUCUCCAAAUCAUCUACCGAGGCUGAAUACCUGUCCAUGUCCGAUGUUUGUUCCGAGAUGGUCUGGCUUCGCCGUAUUCUCUCUGAUUUAGGCGUCCCAUGUGCUCUUCCAAUGGAUCUCCACGUCGACAACACCAGUGCUAUAAGUGCAGUUAAUCCUGUUCUUCAUGACCGAACAAAGCACAUUGAAAUACAUGUGCACUAUGUUCGUGAUCUUGUCCAGGACGGUACUAUUCUACUACACUAUGUACAGACAGAAGACCAGGUGGCUGAUCUUUUCACGAAGGCCUUUUCUACUAGCCGCCACUGGUAUCUGGGAAGCAAAUUGAUGCUAACUUCCCGACAUUAAUUUGGGGAGGCUGUUAGACAGAGUGUGUGGUUUCGUUUCUGUACAUAGCUAGUGUAGUCGGCCCAUUCGUAUCAUUUACGUUCAGCCCAUUUCUUUGUCUUGGGGUUCGGGCCCAUGCAGUAGAGAGCACGUUGUAGAGAGCUAUACCUAAUCCUGGCCGAUUUGAUGUAUAUAGGAAGGGGGUAGCCGGCCCACUCUGUCAUUGAGAAGAUUGGCAAAGACAAUGUUUCCCAAUGUGGAAAGAAAACAGAGCUCUAAUUAAUGAACGUAUGAUUGAUGGAGGCACGCCUCUUAGAUCAAGGGCAGUUUAGUAAUUGGUUAGAGUUAAGUCGAUUAGAAUUUCAAGUCAGAGUCUAUAUAUUGUCGUGUAAUCCCUUCAUCAGGAUAACCAAUCAAUAAAUAAAUUAUCAACGU